GUGGGAGGGGCCGGUGGCCUAUAUAAAACCUCGGCGGCCACCGCGCCAUAGCCUGUCCGGGCGAACUGCGGCAGAGUCAAGGAAUCUGGAUUUCCUUCUAUUGAGAAAAUGAUUCCCACUCUGUUGCUCUCAUUGUUGGGAAUCUUGGUUUCUUUGCAAGGGGGCCAUUGUCUUGUUCCUCCUAAUGAGCUUCAGAAAAUGUCUGAAAAAGGAAGCCGGUACAUUGAUGGAGAGUUGGAAAACGCUAUCAAUGGAGUCCGGCAGAUGAAGUUGUUGAUGGAGCAGACGAGCAAUGACCACCAGGAGAUCUUGAAUAACUUGGAAGACACAAAGAAGAAGAAGGAGGAAGCUAUCCUCAUUGCAAAAGAUAUGGAGAAGCAACUGAAUGAACAGGAAGUGUGCAAUGACACUAUGCUGGCUCUCUGGGAAGAAUGCAAGCCAUGCCUGAAGCAGACCUGCAUGAAGUUCUAUACUCGGACAUGCCAUAGCGGUGCUGGCCUGGUUGGCAGGCAGCUGGAAGAGUUCCUGAACCGCUCUUCUCCCUUCUCCAUUUGGGUGAAUGGGGAACGCAUCGACUCCUUGAUGGAUGUAGAUGAAGAACAGGGCCGGAGGUUGGAUGAUCUCGAGGAGCGCUACGGUCUAGUGGAAGAUGGCGUGGACGACCUCUUCCAAGAGAGCAGUCAGGCGUAUGAGAAACUCUCCCCCUUCUUCCAGUGGCCAUUCGGUGGCUUCCAGGAUAGCUUCCACAGUAUCCGCAUCCCAUUCACCCGUUCCCGGAUUGCCAGGAAUACGCGCCCUUUCUCUCAGUUCUUCAGCAGCCCCCAUCAAGGUUUCUACCAGAUUUUCCAACCCUUCUAUCAGAUGAGCCAGCAUUUCUUUCAGGAUGCUGAGAAAGGCAUGGAGUGGGACCACCCGGGUCUAGGAGGAAUCCCUGAGUUUUCUUUUGAUCAAAUCCCAACAGCAGCUCCAGGUCGCAAUGACAACCGGAUGGUGUGCCGUGAGAUCCGUCACAAUUCUGCUGGCUGCCUGAAAAUGAAGGAAAAAUGCGACAAAUGUCAGGCAAUCCUGGCUGUAGAUUGCUCCCAGACGGAUCCAGGUCAGAGACAAAUGAAGGAACGCUUUGAUGAUGCCCUGCGAUUGGCUGAACGAUUUACCCGGAGAUACGAUGAAAUCCUCAAGGCUUUCCAGGAAGAAAUGCUCAACACCACAGCCAUCCUGGAUCAGCUCAACCGGCAGUUUGGCUGGGUAUCUCAGCUAGCCAACCGCACCCGGAAUGACAAGCUUCUGAAGGUUAUCAUGGUGAAACCUUCCAGUCCAGAAGACACAUCCCAAACUCCUGACACUCAAGUGACUGUCAAGGUCUUUGAUUCUGAGCCCUUCUCCUUGACUGUGCCAAGAAGUGUUCCUCUGGAUGAUGACAAAUUCAUGGAUAUAGUGGCCAGAGAUGCCCUGCGUGAAUUCAAGGACAAUAAAGUAGAAUAACCCUGCCUGCAUUCUGGAUCUCAGGCCAUGACAAGGGAGAGCGAGAGGAGCCAUAGCCCUUUUGGCCUCCCCGACUUUCCGCCUCAGUUCUCUCACAGCGCCACAAGGGAGCUUCGCCCACCAAGCCCCACCUAUCCGCCUUUGUAGUUUACACUGUAUUGCCUGCCCUAUUUUUGCUGCUGGGUCAUUACAGAUGCACAAAAUGAAAUAAAAAGUUCUAGGCCCAA